UGGGGCGGCGGAGGCGGCGCCGCUUCUUCUACCCGGAGGAGCUGCCCCUGCCUCCUCGGCGGCCGCUGGCAAGUUCCUUCCUGUGCGCGAGGAGCGGGCGGCGGCGAGGAUGGAGGCGAGCGGCGGAGGAGGCUGCUGCUGCUGCUGCUGCUGCCGCGGGUGGCUGGCUCCCCUCCCUGGUUCGCCAUUGCCCAGAUCCCAGCUUUGUUGCGGAAUUGCUCAAGACCAAAAGCUAGUGAAAAGAAAUCUUUUUACAUAACAGACAACUUCACAACGUGAUCGGCUGUAUCAAAUCAAAGAUCUCUAUACAGUAUAACCAUUCGAUGCAUCAUUUAAACUUCUCGGGGAUCUGAAACAAUCAUCAGAACAAUAUCUCUGAAACAGCAUGACUCACUGUAAAGGAAGAUCUGCCAGCAAGAAAACAAAUGAUAAAACCUACCCUGGAGAAAGUUUUGUAAAUUGGACUAUAAAUCUAAAUACAGUUCAGUCUGACAAGUUCUUGAACCUGCUGUUAAGUAUGGUUCCAAUUGUUUAUCACAAAAACCAGGAAGAAAGACAUAAGAAAGUGAAUGGUCACUGGCAAGAUGGAUUACAGCCAUCAGGGCAUGGUUUCAGUGUUAGGACUGACCAGCACAUGGAUUAUCAUCAUUUCUCAGAAUCAACUUUUCAUAAUGGUAGCAAUGGACACAAUUCAUCGAGCUGUAGCCCAAAGUAUGAUAACUUCGCAGGAUAUAAUUAUUCAGACAGAAUGGACAUGUCGGAAACAGAUAUCAUGCUGCAGGACAACAACGUAUCUAGUGAUGGUGAAGAAGAUACCAUUGUGGAAGGCAGCAAAAAACAGCCAAAAGAAUCCAGUAGCAUUAUGGCAUUACAGAUACUUGUACCAUUUUUGCUAGCAGGCUUUGGAACAGUAUCUGCUGGGAUGGUUCUGGAUAUUGUUCAGCAUUGGGAAGUGUUCAAAAACAUUACUGAAGUUUUCAUUUUGGUUCCUGCACUACUUGGUUUGAAAGGGAAUUUGGAAAUGACUUUGGCAUCCCGACUGUCAACAGCUGUAAAUGUUGGAAAAAUGGAUUCACCCAUUGAGAAGUGGAAUUUAAUAAUUGGUAAUUUGGCCUUAAAACAGGUGCAAGCAACUGUAGUUGGCUUCUUGGCAGCCGUGGCAGCCGUUAUAUUGGGCUGGAUUCCUGAAGGCAAAUACCGCCUUGAUCACUCAGUCCUCUUGUGUUCUAGCAGUGUAGCAACAGCCUUCAUAGCAUCGCUUUUACAGGGAAUAAUAAUGGUUGGAGUGAUCGUUGGGUCAAAGAAGACUGGCAUAAAUCCUGACAAUGUUGCAACACCCAUUGCAGCGAGCUUUGGAGACCUUAUCACUCUUGCCAUACUUGCUUGGAUAAGUCAGGGUCUUUAUGAUUGCCUUGAGAAAUAUUAUUAUAUAUCUCCUUUAGCUGGUGCCUUUUUCUUGGCUCUGACUCCUAUGUGGAUUGUAAUUGCUGCUAAACACCCAGCUACAAGAACUGUCCUCUAUUCAGGGUGGGAGCCUGUUAUAACUGCUAUGGUCAUAAGCAGUAUUGGUGGCCUUAUUCUGGACACAACUGUAUCUGAUCCUAAUUUGGUUGGGAUUGUUGUUUAUACUCCAGUAAUCAAUGGUAUUGGUGGUAAUCUAGUGGCAAUUCAAGCAAGCAGAAUUUCUACGUAUUUACAUUUACAUAGUGUUCCUGGAGAAUUACCAGAAGAAGCCAAGGGCUGCUAUUAUCCAUGCCGGACAUAUUGCGGUACAGGAGUAAAUAAUAAAUCAGCCCAGGUUCUUCUACUUUUGGUGAUUCCUGGGCAUUUAAUUUUCUUAUAUACUAUUCAUUUAAUGAAGAGUGGUCACACAUCCUUGACUCCAAUCUUCAUAGUAGUAUACUUGUUCACAGCCCUUUUACAGGUGUUUACAUUGCUAUGGAUUGCUGACUGGAUGGUUCACCACUUCUGGAAAAAAGGAAAAGAUCCGGACAGUUUUUCUAUCCCUUACCUUACUGCUCUUGGUGAUCUUCUUGGAACUGCCUUACUUGCCUUGAGUUUUCACUUUCUGUGGCUCAUUGGUGAUAGAGAUGGAGAUGUAGGAGACUAAUAAUGCAGACAAGCACACUAGCUGAUCCCAUUAGAUGAAGAUGACAAACAGGAGACAAUCACUUGGCUUACCAUUUCGUCUGAAGGAGGACCUCAAAACAGUGGUUGAAUUCGGAUAUUAUGGUAACCUAAAGGUGGCACUGAUAUCAAAUCGCCUUAAUUUUAAAAGGGGGAAGGGGAGAGACGUGGAAGUGUGAAAAUAGGCUUUAAAUAUUUUUUACACUGCAGGGGAGUGUGGCUGUUUCUUGCUGGGCACAGAAAGAGAAAGGCCAGCCAGUAUUGUACCAAGAAACAAAGUCCAGAAACGUAGUUUAUGGGCAAUUAGUAGCAGAAAGAUGUGACUUAACCACUGAUGUGUCUCUUCAUCACAAAUUUACUUUUCAGUGAACAGCCUGACUGCAUUUCAACUUAUAAUGGGUUCACAGUUAUAGUUUAAUCUUCUGGAAUCAGACACCAUUUGCUAAAUAAGAAAAACAGAUGAUUUGUGCAUGUAAUAAAGAAAAGUUCGAGUAAGACAUUCUACAGGGUAUUCAACACUCCUUUUUAGUCACAGGUGAGACAGAAUAAAACAGCUUCUAUUCCAAAAACUUGUUUAAUCAGCUGAACGUGGGAAAGAAGUUUCUAACAGAGAUAACUCAGUACUAUCAUGCAUGGACGUUAAUGUUGUAUUAAUGAUUGUAUUUUAAAAGGUUCAAUGGCACAGUUUUAAAAUGUUCAAUUUUGUCUUUUGCAGUUUAUUGUAAAGUAUUGGAAAGUGGGGCUUUUGAUAUGUAAUUAUGGGGGAACUGCAAUAUAGAUCCUGAAGAGAGAGAAUUGGUAGACGGGUGUGUUUUAAAAAUAAUAAUAAUAAUAAAUAGUCGAAGAGAAAGAAACCUUGGACAUAUUCAGUCAAGGAGUUCUGCCACACAAUGACAUCCAUCAAGCGGCAACUGGAAUUUUAGGCUGCAGUCCUGUAUGCUCUUAUUUUGGGGGGUAAGCCCCAGUGGGACUUGCUUCUGAGUAAAAAUGUGUGAGAUUGUUCAGGACUUCCCCCCCCCCAAAAAAAAUUAUCAUUGGAUAGAGCAAUCCUAUGGAGGCAGGGGAUGGAAAAUCUCUGGCAGAUCUAUUCUUUAAGAAGUUUCUAGUCUUUAAGAAGAUCUAGUUUUAAGAAUCUCUGUCAGAUAUGGUAUUUGAAAUUUCUGCCGGGCUUAUACCAGCAAGGACAGGAGGUCAGAGGGAAAAUAAGCACUUCAGUUCCAGAGCUGGUGUAUUUUCGCUCCCUUGUUGGCGGGGUGGGUAAUGUCAUGGGAUGGACGGAAUUUGGAUCCCAGAGAUCCCAGAUCCAUCCCUAACAUGUCCCAUCCCUAUAGUUCCUGGAAUAACCUUGUACCCUUACUGCGAAAUAAGGUUGGGGUUGCUACUCUAACAUUCUGGAGGAUUCAGGCAUCUCUCAAAACAGAACAGUGCUAUUCUAAAGAAAUAGAUUUCCCCCAGCACUCAAGCUGGGGAAAUUUCAUAACUGAUAAUGAAAUAAACCAGAAUAGUUUGGCCUGAGAAAAUGUCAUUGCCCACGCCCAGUAUGUCAGUUGUGUGAUGCAAUUAGUGCUUUGUAGAAUGUGAUUAUGUGAGUAUCACAGGUACCUGCUGGCUAGUGCCUGUGGCGCACUGGUAAAGAAAUGAAUAGCUCCCAUCGUGUCUACACCAUUUCAGGUUUUUGUGUUUCAAAAUAUCUGUAAAAACAACAACAACAACACAUUUUCCCAUUGUAGUACGGGAACUUUCAGGCAGGUUGCAGUCCUGAAAUGCCCAUUCCUAGUUAGUGCUAUCAAUUUGUGCAUUGCAGCACUGCAGCAUUAUAUGUUAUAUCCCAAACUUUACAGUCCUUAUCACUAUUUAUGUAAUUGGAAUGUGGGGAUUUGGUGGGAAGAUUACCCAGUUUAGGGUUGGCUUUGUGUGCUGCCUUGGGUGUUCUAUAAACGAAGCAAAUAACUUUUUAAACCAUGGCAAUGCAACCGCUCCCCCCUCCACCAACCACGAAUGUAGCUUAAUUGUAAUGAAUGGGCAUUUUGCACUUCCCAUUAGUAUCAAUGGAAUUUGCACAAGAUGGAUCGCUUUUCAGAUAUCCAAGUUACAUCUACCGUAGCUGAUUUAUUUCAAAUGUGGUUAUGCAAAUUAGGCAGUGAAAGUUAUGUACGAGACCCCAGUUUUCACAUGCUGACUAUUUCCAGACCCCAGUUUUCACAUGCUGACUAUUGAUAUAGCCCCCCCCCAAAAGUUCAUAGGCCUAGUUGCUCGCUGAGUACCCUCAUCUUCAAAGAAGUUCAAGAUGUUGGCAGCUGUUUGGCUUUCUAAUUGAAACCUUACAUGAAUAACUUUCCCCACACAUUAAAAGCAUUAAAAGCUUUUGCAUAAUUAUGACCGGACUGCUUUGCUGCUGGAAUUGCAAGGCUAGCACAUAAAAUAAUAUUUCAGAAUUGUGAAGGAAAAUUGGACUGUCCUCUAGGCUCCCUUGUUCCCCUUUGUCUGUAUUAGCAAUAACCAGAAUGGUACAUUGUCUGUAGUACUGUAGAUAGCACUCCCAUUCAUUUUGUUUUAAAAAGCAGCUGGUGAUAACUCAGAAUCCUUUUAUUUGGGGAUAUAGAUCUAGAAGCAAUUAAGCUUAAUUCUGGUUGAGCUACCUUUAUGUGGAAUUAUGGUCUGAUGAAAAAUAUUUUAAUGUUUGAAGAGGCUAUGGAAUUUUAAAGUUUUUUGGAACCAAACCCACAGAGCUUCUGAGAAAAAUACAAAUAAAAUUCCUUCUGUUUUUAAUAUAUCACUA